AUGCACGAAUUAAGGUCGCUGUUGGCCACGGGUAGACUCCUCGUAUACGAAAACGGUAAUAUGUCUCUCUUCUCAUCGAACACAUUCAGGUUCGACACCAUCAAAACUCGCCUGCAAUGCUCACCCGCUGGGACGUAUCGUAAUGCCCUCGAUUGCCUGGGAAAGCUCGUCAGGAAUGAAGGGAUCUUGGCCCUCUACAAAGGUGCAACACCGCCGGCAGUCGGUUGGACAGCAAUAGACUCAGUUUUGCUGGGCUCUUUACAUAACUACCGGCUGUUUCUCAUUCGAAGUGGCUUCACCGAACCUACUCCCGGACACGAGGAGCAGCGCCUCACUAUCUUGGGACACGGGGUUGCUGGUCUCUUUGCCGGCGUCACUAGUGCUUUUGUUGCCACGCCGAUGGAGCUUAUCAAAGUCAAAUUGCAGUUACAGCUACAGAAUUCCGCAUCGGAACGGCAAUUCAAGGGGCCCAUUGACUGUAUACACAAAAUUUACAAGGUUCAGGGCAUCGCUGGCCUCUGGACGGGACUUCCUGGAAGCCUUGCUUUCAGAAGUAAUUUCUUCUGGAUGUUUCUUUCCUUUGAAAUAUUGAUGCGAAGCUUCGGUCGUCUGAAGGACACGCCGUAUGAGAUUAGCACAGGCACUGCUCAUUUUCUGUCCGGUGGCUUAGGUGCAUUUGCCUACUGGGCCAUGGCAAUACCCGCCGAUAAUAUUAAAAACCGCAUGAUGGCGUACCCAUAUCCUCAGCCAUACCCCACUUCCAUCCAAUCAGAUGUGUUUGAUGUCAAGCCGUCAUUCUUGCGAACUGCACGUCUCAUAUCCGCUGAGAGCGGGGUUGCAGGAUUCUAUCGGGGGUUAGGUCCAUGUCUCCUGCGAGCCUUCCCAGUCAACGCGUGUGCAUUCUUUGUCUACGAAGGCACGAUGAAAUUCCUUGGGGCGGAGAAAGUAAGCCGUUCUUCAACCUCAUUGUCCCUAGUGCUGAUGUGCUCGCAGACACGCCACUAA